UUAUUUUCGAAUUCCUCUUUCUCAUAAUUCUUUGAUAUGAUAUCGUCAUCUUCCGUUAGAGUGGCUGUUCGUGUCAGACCAUUGACUGAGCAAGAAAAACAAACAAAUGGGGGCCAAAAGAUAGAAAUCACUCCAAAUCAGCCUCAAAUUUCUGUGGGAUCCAACCGACUAUUCACAUUCGAUUAUGUUUAUCCGCCCUCAGCAAACCAAGAACAAGUUUACACCACGUGUGUUAUACCACUUUUGAGUAGCUUUGUGAAAGGUUACAAUGCUACUAUUCUUGCUUAUGGUCAGACAGGCAGCGGAAAGACUUACAGUAUGGGUAUCGGGAUAGAUUCCACUAACAACGAGCUACAUCGUGGAAUCGUUCCUCGGUUUGUCUAUUCACUCUUUGAGCGCGUGGAAAGCAUGCGGUCUGUCUACCAUUCAUGCCAGAUAUUUGUUUCAUUUUUGGAAUUGCACAAUGAGGAUCUUGUGGACCUUUUGAGCCCUGUGAAACGUGAGGGACUCAACCUGUGCAUCCGUGAAGAUAGCCAUGGACAAAUAUCUUGGACCGGCGUACGAGAAGAGGUUGUGACUACACCCAAAGAACUUCUUAGCUUCCUAAGCAUGGGUUCAAUGGCCCGGAAAACAGCCAGCACAGAUAUGAACAAUGUGUCUUCAAGAUCGCAUGCUAUAUUUUCAGUCAUUUUGAAACAAACCAUAGUUUCUAAAGAUAGUCAAAGUAUGGAUGAGACAGGCGUUAAGAAGCUGGUCUCGAAAUUUCAUUUUGUCGACUUGGCCGGAUCGGAAAGAUUAAAACGGACAAACGCCAUUGGAGACCGUGCGAAGGAGGGCAUCUCUAUUAAUGCCGGGCUCUCUGCCCUAGGAAAUGUCAUUUCUGCCCUUGGAGAUGUUUCUAGACGGGCAUCACACAUCCCUUAUCGCGAUUCUAAACUCACUCGCUUACUUCAAGACAGUUUAGGAGGCAGCAGUCAAACCCUGAUGUUAGCAUGUGCCUCUCCAUCGGAACUUAAUACAGCCGAAACCCUCAACACACUAAAAUAUGCCAACCGAGCCAGGAAUAUCCGUAAUAAGGUUGUGGUAAAU